CCGUCGGCUUAGUUUGACAUAGGCAGUAGUAUUUAUGUUGAUGAUUCUAUGGAAUUAAUGAAAUGUAUGGACGUAUAGUCGAUGUGUCAUGCUGUCUGUUUGCGGUUCUGAUUUCUUUCAACCACCCUUGUAAUUUCUUUCAACUACUCUCUUUUUAAACUCCCCAUUUUUCCUCAGCUCCCUCGUCUCAUUCCACCGGAGUUUUAAUUUCCCGGCCUCCGGCAUGCUUAAACGGAGACUCUCCGGCGACUAUUCUCCCCGGGAACUCGUAACACACGGCGCAUAACGUGUAAUAACACUAAUAAGCAACAAAGCUUUGAUUUUUCACGUCAAGACUGAGAAAUUCUGCGGUGCAAUCAAGAAAAGGAGGAAACUUUGGAGCAAAAAAUGAUGGAGGGGGAUGACCCGGCAAUCUCGCGUAGUAGUCGGAGGAGUUUGGCGUCGAGUAGCCGGCGGAGCUGGCAGUCCGCCAGUCUCCGGGAGGUGGCGUGGCUGGCCACGCCGGAGGCGUUCGGCCGGAGCGCGCGGCGGGAGGAUGAGGAGGACGAGCUGCGGUGGGCCGCCAUCGAGCGGCUGCCGACGUUUGAUAGGAUGAGGAAAGGCGUGUUGAAGAAGCAUGCGGUGGACGGCGAUGGCCGCCUUGUUGCAGAGGAAAUUGACAUUACUAAGCUUGGGAAGCAAGAAAAGGAAAUGUUAAUGGAGAGUAUACUAAGAGCUGUUGAGGAAGAUAAUGAUAGGUUUCUUCUAAGGUUUAGAGAAAGGAUUGAUAGGGUGGGGGUUGAUAUCCCAAAGAUUGAAGUAAGGUAUGAACACUUAUCAGUGGUGGGAGAGACAUAUGUUGGCCGUAGAGCAUUGCCCACUUUGGCUAAUACCACCAUGAAUGUCCUUGAGAAUGUUCUGAGGAUGGUUCACCUUGCCCCUUCUAAUAGAAGAAGCAUUCAAAUACUCAAAGAUGUCAGUGGCAUUAUCAAGCCAUCAAGGAUGACACUGCUUUUAGGUCCCCCUGGUGCAGGGAAAACAACAUUGAUGCGGGCGCUUGCAGGAAAGCUUGAUAAUGAUUUAAAGAAAACAGGAAAAAUCACAUACUGUGGCCAUGAAUUUCAUGAAUUUGUCCCUCAAAGGACAUGUGCCUAUAUUAGUCAACAUGAUCUUCACCAUGGAGAGCUGACAGUGAGGGAAACAUUGGAUUUUUCGGGCCGCUGUUUGGGUGUUGGAACAAGAUAUGAGCUGCUGGCUGAACUCUCAAGGCGUGAGAGAGAUGCGGGAAUCAAACCAGAUCCAGAACUUGAUGCUUUCUUGAAGUCCAUAUCCGUGGCUGGCCAAAAGACCAGUUUGGUCACGGAUUACAUUAUCAAGAUUCUAGGAUUAGAGAUUUGUGCAGACAUCACAGUUGGUGAUGAGAUGAGGAGGGGUAUCUCUGGUGGACAGAAGAAGCGUGUAACCACUGGUAUGUUUUAA